GCACGCCUGAGUCUCUCUCAGACAUCCCACCCAUGUGAUCUCACUGCUGCCUGCCUGCUCUCCAGUCGGGCUCCAGCCCUGCAGCCGGCUGCAGCUAAUGAGUCUUUGUGUGGCUGGAGCGAACGAGGGAGAGAGAGGGAGAGAGAGAGAGAGAGAGAGAGAGAGGAAUGAGAGCGAGAGGAGAAUGAGAGAUAGAGAAGCAGAGAAAGGAAUGAGAGAUAUAGAAUUAAAUAACAGAGAGAGAGAGAGAGAGAGGAGUUGAAGUGAGUGGGUUUGUGGUCUUCUCAGCAUAAAAAACAGCAGUGGAGCCUGGGCUGGAUCAUUUACAGGUUUUUCUGUCCUCUUUUUUCCUCUCGUUCUCUCUCUCCUUCUCUCCCUUCCCCUGUCCUUUUCUCAUCCCCUGCUUCUCCAUCCUUGCCUCUCCCCCCUUCCACCCCUCUGCCUCUCUUUCCACCCCCCUCUCCACCUCUCACACACACACACACACACACACACACACACACACACACACACACACAUGGCCCUCCGUGCUGGGGUCGCUGCACGCCACUGGACUAAAGCAGAAAUGGGACUCCUUCCUCUCGCACGGUUUCAUCUGGCUCUGAAGUGCCACGUUUAGAUUGGCUCGGGCUGAGCUACCGAGCUGCUGCCGGGAGAGUCGGGAGGGUCGGAGGGUUCCGCACAGGUACGGAUGACCGCCAUGAGUGGGAUACUGAAGAGGAAGUUUGCGGAGGUGGAGGCAGCUGCCGCCUCACCAUGCACGUCUCCGCGCGGCUCUGAGGAGGACGACGUGUCCAGCAGUGAGAGUGGGGACAGUAGGGACAGCCUCAAUCCGACAACGUCGCGCUUCUCUCCCGCGUCCAUCCUGAAGCGGGAGAAGCGCAUGCGAACGCGGCGGGUCCACUUUGAGACGGUGACGGUGUACUACUUCAGCCGGAGGCAGGGCUUCACCAGCGUGCCCAGCCAGGGGGGCAGCACCCUGGGCAUGGCCAGCCGGCACAGCUGCGUGCGCCAGUACACCCUGGGCGAGUACGCCCUGGAGCAGGAACGCAUCCACCGCGAGAUGCUCCGCGACCACCUCAAGGAGGAGAAGCUCAACUCCAUCAAGCUACGGCUGACAAAGAACGGCUCAGUGGAGUCGGAAGAGGCCAGCGCACUGACGCUGGACGACAUCUUGGACGACGACCUAGACCUGGACAACACGGAGGUGGACGAGUACUUCUUCCUGCAGCCACUGACCACCAAGAAGCGGCGAGCCCUGCUGCGGGCCUCGGGCGUCAAGAAGAUCGACGUGGAGGAGAAGCACGAGCUGCGCACCAUCCGCGUCUCCCGCGAGGACUGCGGCUGUGACUGCAGGGUCUUCUGCGACCCAGAGACCUGUGCAUGCAGCAUGGCAGGGAUCAAGUGCCAGGUGGACCGCAUGUCCUUCCCCUGUGGCUGCACCAAGGAGGGCUGCAGCAACUCCACGGGCCGCAUCGAGUUCAACCCCAUCCGCGUGCGCACCCACUUUCUGCACACCAUCAUGAAGCUGGAGCUGGAGAAGAGCCGCGAGCAGCAGCAACAACAACACCAUCAACAACAACAACAACCACAGCAGACAGUGCAACAGCAGGUUGCCACUGGCAAUGGUUACGGAGAGAGCAACGGACACUGCAGCCCAUUGGUUGCAACGCAGUCGCAGCACGGCCUGGAGUUCUCUUUGUCCGAGUCUGUCCAGCAGACGGCCAUCAUGCACUUACAAGCCACCGAGGAAAUGGACGAAAGGCUAGAGGACGAGGACAACGAGGAAGAGGAUGAGGAUGAAGAUGACGACGAUGAUGAUGAUGAGGAGAAUGAGGAAGAUGAAGAUGAUGAUGAGUCAGAGGAGAACAGCAGCAUAUGCAGUGGCCUGUCUGACUCCAGCACACAGAGCCUAGCUGCCAGUGACUCCGAGGAUGAGGAGGAUGACGAAGAUGAAGAUGAGGAGGAGGAGGAGGAAGAGGAGGUGAAGGACUUCCAGAAAGGGCUAAGUAGUACUAACACCACCAAUACUAACAUUACCACCAACCCUACCACCACCACUACCACCACUAACCACAAUGUUAAUGCUAACAGCAACAGUAAUGGGCUGAGUGGCACCAACAGCAAUGCUAACUCCAUCGCAACCACACCUGAGACUCUUUCAGAAGCUCUGUGCUACACAAAUGGCACAGAAGCACAGGACAGAGACACCAACACCAACGGCAAUGCGUAUUUCCUGAGCCCCGCACCCAAGUACUAUCAGAUGGAGAGCGCUGCUGCUGCCACCACAGCUCCGGCCAAUCAGGAGGCCUACCAAGAAUCGUCCACAUUUCAGGACAGAAUUGCCAAAGGUAACGGGCCGCUGUUGCCGACGGCGUUCGCCGUGCCUCCUGAGCAGCAGUACACAGACUAUGCGCCGCAGACGGACGAGUCGUUUACCAACGGCCAACACUUCACCACACUCUCCAACGGGGCCUCCUCCGCCACCACCAUGGUCACCUGCUGCUCCUCAGAGCAGGAUAAAGCCCCUCCGGCCAAGGCGGCUUUCGGCGACCAGGCAGGACAGCUCAUGCAGAUUGACUUUCAGAACUACCUAAACAAUAAUGGACACGACCACUACGCCACAAACGGAAACUGCUUCGGGCUGGAGCCACUUGGCUCGGAGGUUGCGCACAGUCUGCCUGAGGUGCCGGUGCUGCCGGACGCCACCAAGGCCCCUCCGUUGCUAGAGAGUCUCCAGGAGGUGACCCCAGUCUAGGAGACACGGUCUGUUUAAGAACUACUUUCAUCGAUUUAUUGUUUCAUAGGGAUGUCAGAAUUUAUGAACAUUCGUUUCACUUGUUCAACAAGUAACAAGCUAAUAACUUGCACAUUGAUAUUUUGGGUUUUAUCACUUAAGCCCAUAUUACACGAUGGGCAGUGGGUCUAUAAUAUGAAAUAUAUGACUUUCUAAUGACCC